AUGACAAGGAGAGGACAACCGCCGCAUGAGGGGGCAACUGGCAGCCCUGGAGACGGAGGUGAAGGCUCUGAGGGGAGCCUACUCCUCCGCCGCGGCCAGGGCCAAGUCGCAGGCAGCGCCGCCGAAGAGCAGCUCCUCGGAGCUGCACGACGAAGUCAUGGGGGCGAUCAACGACCUCAGGCGGGAUAUGUAUGCCACCAUGAAAAACAUGGUGGACGCCCGCCUGGGCGAUAUAGAGAGGCGCCUCCCGGCGGAAAACCUGCGGCCCCCGCUGGGCUGCAGAGGAGGAGCGCCCCCGUUGCGGCACCGGCCGCCCCCGUUCUAGCGCUGGCUGCUCCCAGAGCGCCUCGCUCUGCAGCGGCCCUGGAGCCGACCGCGGGCCCCUCCCCGGCCCGUGAUGCGCCUGCCGGCCCGAGGCCUAAAAAGGUCAAAAAGGCCACAAAGCCGACGGCCUCCGCCGCCCCAUCCGUGGCGGCCCCCGCUGCCCCCGUCGCCCCGGGGACGGCGGCCCCGGUGGCGACCACGGAAACCCCGUGGUCGCAGGUCCUUGACCGUAAAGCCAAGAAGGCCGAGAAGGCGGCUGCUACGACGGCCCCCAAGCCCAGGGCCCUCACCACCCCGAAAUCAUCGGCGGUGGUAAUCACAGUGAGGUGA